AUGCCGUUCUCCUCCUCCUCUUCCUCCUCUUCCCCGCCCGAAGCGUCCACCACCCCGCUCGCAGACUACUUUUGGAUAGCCGGUGUCGAUGGAACAGAGGUCUUGGAAACGUAUCGCAAAUUAGGGGACGAAUACCGUGCCAACCAUGCUACCUCACCGGGCCCCGCCGUUACAGAUACCAUCGAGGAGGAUGCGGACGCGGAGGAGGCCCACGAUCUGCUGCUGGACAGUCUCUCCCGACCGAUCUCCAUGGCCGGAACCCGCAGCUCCUUCCAGCGAUUUUCUAUGCGUUCAGGGGAAUCCGAUGCGAACGAGAAUGGCUCCCACAGCAACCGCAGCAGUAUGACCAUCAAGGGUGCCCCCUCUCCCCGGGGGUCCUCCUUUCUGGAAGACUUCGACUUCGACAAAGCGUUGUUCAAGUUUGCCUCCGAAAGGGAGUCAUUCUUGUCCGAUCUCAGCUCCAGCGCCGGUGCAAUUACGCCUUCUUCACGUCCCAGGUCUAGACUCCGCACGCAGAAGAUCGUCUCCGAGGAGAGCCCACAGCCCGCGGGCCUCCUCCGGUCGAGCAUCGGUAGCGUGCGACGACACAUGGCGUUCCGCGAUAUGAACAGUAUGAAGAGGCAACCCUCGAUUGCUCGUCAAGCAUCAAUUCGGACCUCGCGACGUCUGAGCAAUUACAACUCCGUGAUACCUGUCCCACAGCCGCUGGAGAUCUCCCCCACCAUGCACCCCCUGAAGCGGAGGUUCGAGCCCGUCCUCCUCGAUCGCUAUCCAACCAAAGGCAUGUCCGACGAACUCAAAUUGCGAGGAAAUUUCCCGGACUAUGUGCCCAUGUUUGCCUUUCCCAAUGACAUCAAUAUCGUCUCGUCAGACCAGAGACCGCGAUCUACGUGGCAUGGAUUCGUCAUGACUACUGAUAACGGCUCGCGCUUGCACGCCAUCUGUGUCAUCAUCUGGAUUCCACUGAACCAGAAAGCUGCCGAAGAACUGGAGAAGCGUUGUGAGGAAUGGCGAAAGGACAAUAUGACUGAUGAAGAGCGGGAGCUGGCCGCGAGUCUGGGUGAGAGGCUGGCAAGCGAGCGAGCCAAACUCUCGAGGCUUCUCGCCCAGCUCCCAACAGUCCCGUCAGGAUCGGAGUCGCGAGAGCAGCUGGAAGACGAGAUCAGUGCGGUAGAAGAGAAGAUCGGGUUGAUGACCGAUCUCCUGCGCCCGGUCCGCCACGGUGCAGCAUCGAAAAUCGAAGGUUUGACGGAUGGAGAUACCGGAUUCUGGAUUCCCCGCGCCUACGGUAUCCUUGGACGAGAAGAGAAUAUGACCAGCUUCUGGAAGGAAUGGCUCAAGGCCAUUGUGGUUCCCAUGACCGAUGGCAGCAUCCAGCGAAUUCCCCCCAGUUCCCCACGGAUGGGCAUCUGGCAACCGUUGGAGCGAUAUGUGAUGAACCUGUGUACUGAGGCGUUCAGUCCUAACUCGUCCAAGACGCAGGUGGAGCUCUCAGUGCGCGAGUUGCGUCUUUUCGCUCGCAAGGAGGCUGCCAAUGAACUUCCAGGCUCUCGCAACACCGAUCUCUACGCGCUGUUCCGGGCCCUGUCGCUACAGAACAUCAUGAUCCUAUUCGAAUACGCUUUGACCGAAUCGCGCAUCAUCCUCUUGUCAUCACACACAUCGAUGCUUUACCUGGCGACCAGGGCCCUUGUCGACCUGUUGUUCCCGGUCCAGUGGACUGGAGUGCUUAUCCCCAUUCUCCCGGCACGACUUAUCCAAGCUCUGGAAGCCCCGUGUCCUUAUAUCGUCGGCAUCGAGCGUCGGUACGAAAAGGUCGAGCUCCCGUCGGAUGACUUUGUGUUGGUCGACCUGGAUGCCGAUCUCAUUGAGAGCACGGUUCAACCAACUCCACUCCCCCGUCAUCAGCGCCGGAAGCUGCUUUCUCUACUUCAGCUGGCGGCCCCUCAUCAUAGUCGGUGUGGAGUGCCCACCGGACCCCCGGCGUAUGCUGUGGAAACCUACCCCUUCGAUUCUUUCAUGUCGGAGAACUCUUCUAUCUUUUCGUCCAAGGCCCAAUCGACCCAGUUGGCGAAGUAUGUCAGUCUGAACUCGAGCGCUUUUGGCCAGACAUCCGUACCUCCGAAUUCCUACCAGCCUCUGAUCUUCAACGCCUACCUCCAUGCUCGUUAUGAGCAGGCUGUCUCCCGGGGUUAUUCGUCCAGGGGCCCCGACCGACCGGGAACUGGGUCGACCUUCAAAACCGGGUCUCCACCCUCGCCCCGAGACAUCUCGCCCACCUCCGGUCAUUUCCCGUCGGGUCCCGGCUCCCGGAACGAUUCCGGCACCGCCUUGCAAGCGUCGCUGCGCGAGAAGCGUUCCGGCCAUUUUGACGCAGCGUCUCGGCGUAGUUCGUCCUUCGGAAUGGAUCCGCGAGGCGGUGUUCCGCGUCGGCCGAGUGCUCCUUUCCUGGGCCAUGCACCCAACCUAUCCGUCACUACGCUGAACACCGACUAUAACCCCGGGUCGACCUAUGCACCUUCGGUGUAUGCACAGUCCACGGUGGCUGCCUCCACGAUCGUGCCUCAGACUUCUGCGCAGCCCAUUCACAAUUCGGAGGGGACCUGCUGGGUGGAGGGACAUUGCUUGCAGGUCCAGCCGUGGGAUGACAAGGCCACCUGUGCAAUCUGUGAUGACCAGGCCGAAGAAAAUAUGUACAAAUGUACUGCCUGUAAGACCGUGGUGCACAACCGGUGUGCGCUGCAGAUCUGCCUCGUGUGUCCGGCGGCCUUCCACCCGGAGCAAGUUCGUGCCGCAUUUGUUCGCUGCUUUGCCAGCUUGUUUUACACGUACAAGAAGUUCCUCCAGCCCGCUACCGGGGACAAGAAGAAAGCUGGGUUGACUUAUAACUUCAACAUGGAAGCUUUCAUGAAGAGCCUGCCCGGGGAACACGCCGAAUACAUUGCGGUCCUGCAACAGACGCAAGGUUUCAACGAGUUUAUCAGUGAGCGGGAGAGGGCAAACCCGAAGUCCCGCGACCCUCGGAUGGCCCUCUUUGACGAGAUCAUCCUCUCCAAACGCAAUCGGGGCCGCUCCUCCAUUUUCUCCAGUCGUAGUAUGACCGACUUCCUUUCCGACACGUCGAAUCACCUCUGGAGGACCGCGAGUGCCACUUCUUUCGCCGGGGGCAGUAGAAGCCAGAACAGCAUUUCCGGGGAUUACAGCCGGGUCGUCUCACGAGCACCGGCAAAGCUUGACAACAGCCUGAUGAAAGAACCCCGCAUGAUCCACGGAGCGCCUCGGGUGUCGAAGACGGCAAAUACUGCUCGCCGGAAGCCGCUUCCCAAACUCAUGAACGGCCUCGCCAUAUCGCCGCCGUAA